AAUGAGGAAACCACCUCUAAAAAUAUUAUUUGAAGACAAUGAACUCGAGAUAAUCAAAGCCAAAACUCAUGAUGUACAAUCACAAAACAAAGCAACUAGUUUCUAUUCCAACAUUUCUGAUGGUUAAGAAUAAUUGAGUGAAGGAAAGCUUUACUAAUGUGACACUUCAUACUCUUCAAGUAGUCUUCAUAGUUCGAGAACAUUACUUGAGGAAUCUUAAUGGUAGAACUACUAAAAACGUAUAGGUAAACAAAAAUAUACCAUAAUAUAAAAAGAUUCUGAAAGUCUCUCUGAAUAGGCUAAGAAGGUUUUUCUAAUCCCCACUUAAUCAUCAGAGGAAUGGUUGGCUAAUUUUACUGAGAAAUGUUUGAAAGUUGAGUGUUUUUUCAAAGACACUACUUUUAAUACAAUUAUAGAAACAACUUUUAAUAGUGAUGAUCAAUAAUUGAAAUAAACAUUGGUUCUUACAUUAGAUUACUUUACAAAUCUAGUAACAUUUACUUUUUUCUUGUUGUGGAAAGCAGUUUGGAAUGAAAACUAAUAAGACAUGACUUAAUUUGUUUCAAAUUCUAAUUCAAUCACUGAAUAUUUAGCAUUAAUGAUAUCUUUAAGAGUUAAUGAAUUUAGAAUUGAUUUUUAACUCCUUUCAAUAUUUGAAUCUAUUAUUUAACCUUUCCCAGAUAAGAGUAUCUUUAAAGAAUGUACUGAUUCUCAAAGAAGUUCAUUAUCAAUUGAUAUUAUUCAAUAAAAAAUAUUCAUGCCUUUAAUGAAACAUAAUUAAGUCUUACCUUGGUCAACUGAUGAAGUUGCUUUUAUUUUAAGUUUAAUUAACUCAUAAUUCUAUGCUGAUUUAUAGAUAAGAAAUAUUAUUGUAAAGGGAGGAUUAAAUCAUGUAUGAUAUAAAUUCUAAAUUUAGUAUUUUAGAAGAAUUAAUACAAUCUCAUAAUUUAUCAUUUAUUCUGUUGUGCGCAACCCUAACAAACAUGAUCGUUAGGAUGCAUUAGGAUAUUGGAUAGAUUUAGCAGAAAAAUUAUAAUAAAAUUAUGAUCUUGAAGGACUCUUUAUAGUUUACAAAUAUGGAAUUCAAUUAUUGUUAAAAGAUUAUAUAGGAACAAUGCCAGUCCUCUUUAGAGAUUUGAAUCGAAUACCAAAAAUAAAUGCAUUUUAUGAAGAACAUAUAAAACAUAAUUUCAAAGAUUCAGAUAAUUAGAAAUAACAUCUUUAUAUACCAUCAUUUCAUAAAUUUAUUACAUAAAUUAAGAGAUUAGAAUUAUAAAUAAAAACUAAUAAGAGUCUAUUUCAUUAGAUUUCUGAUAUUAUGUUUUUAUUAAUAAAAAUGUCUAAACGAUAGCAAGUGCUUUAUCAAUAAAUGUGUCCAAAAGUAAUAUUUACAUAAUAAAUAAUUUAAGAUUUCUGAAAAUGAAGAAUAGAUGAUUCAUUAUUUCACUAAAGGAAUUGAAAAGGAAUUGGAAGCCAAUCUUCAAAUUCCCCUUGAUAAAGAAACCUUAGUGUAUAUAGAAUUGAUUAAAUUGGCAAAAAAUAUUAAUUGACU